AUGUCAUCCUCGGCGAUUGCGCAAGAAUAUUUACAACUAUCUAGUGAGGAUGAAGUAUUUGUCUUAUUAGAGCCAGAACACGAGGAGCGCACUUACAAUGACCCUUUGAUGGAUUGUUCAAGCAUGGCUGAAUAUUUGGAUGUCUUGUCAGCUCAUGACCGGUGGAAGGAUGGUAAAAAAUUGAAGAUGUUGGACUCACAGACCACUGAGGAGCGCCAGUCAUUAGACAUGGGAUUUUCAUUGUCUGAUGAUGACCGGAUGUCUGACCCUUUGGACAUGCAAUUCCCCACCCUGUCUGACAAUGACCAGUCAUCCAACAUCGCGUUGGACCUGGGAUUUCCUCCAGAGUCAGAAGCAUUGGACAUGGAAUUCCCACUGGAGUCGGACGAUGAUGUGUUUGACAUGGGAUUUCUACCCGAAUCCGGAGAUGAUGCACUCUCCCUUCACCCGGCAAACUCUCUGCAAGUUGGUCAUCUGGCCGGUAACACAGAAGGCUGGCCUCUACAGAUGGGUUUUGACACAGAUAUGGUAGAUGAUGUUCCAGACAUGGGGAACAAUAUUCAACCGGCAGAGAGCCCCUUGGAGAUGGGUUUUCAAGCGGAUCCGGUCAAUGAGUUUCCGGAUCAGUCAUUAGCCGUCAGUCAACCGGAUCCCAUUGGGUUUGUUAUUCAGCGGGCAGUAGGUGAUUUGCAAGUUGCAGUGUACCGGUUGGAGAUGGACAGGGAUGGUGGUGCAAUGUCGCCAGAAGAGGCCUUUGCAAGGGAGCAAGUCUUUGGGUUCACUCGAGACUUAUUGCUGGCAUGUCAACUGAUAUCGAUACCUCAACUGUCAACAUGA